CCCGCCUUUGAAAUGAAGUUGAGCUUCGGUUUCAAAUCAGUGUGAAUGACCACUGUCUCAAAUCCCUAGCAGCCAAAAAUGGAGAUCACUGAAGAGCAAAGAAAGAGAGCUGAAGCCAACCGGUUAGCAGCAUUAGCAAAGCGAAAGGCAAUCGGCGAAUUCACCGUCAACCAACAACAGCAAAAGCAAAAUAAUCAAGAAGCCUGGAGACUCUUCAAGUGCCGGAAGCUGUCUGUCGAAAGCUCUGCCACUACCAAAUCCACCACCAUCACUCAUUCCCUAAAACCCUGUCCAAAUGUCUCGAUUGGUCCGGAUUCCAGGACACAUUUGCCUGAAAAAUUCCGGGUCAAGCUUGAAAUCUGCUCUCCCGACUCCUUCUCUGUCACGCCUGAAGCCGUUCAAAGGUUUUCGUACCCAGGAGAGGAGGAGUGCUUAAGGAGAGUCGAUCGUUGUUUAUCUGACGUUAUGCCAUCACACUAUACACAGAACAGUGGUGGGGGGAAGGCUUGUGUUUAUAAACUUGCAGACUACAAUGCAGUUUUCACAUGCUUGAAGAACUCCAGUGGUAUUGAGGUUGAAGGGGUACCAUGGGUUACUCUCAAUGUUAUUGAGAAACUUUCUCAUUCAUUUUCUUCUGGAAGAUGGAAUCCAUGUAGACCGGAACAUUUCUCUGAAGAAAUUGUUGAUGAAAUGAUUGGAAAGCUACCGAAACGUUUAGUUGAUGUGCUUUUGCCCUUCCAGCUUGAAGGUGUAAGAUUUGGUCUGCGAAGGGGUGGUCGUUGUCUUAUUGCAGAUGAAAUGGGGCUUGGAAAGACACUCCAGGCUAUUGCUAUUGCAGCCUGUUUCAUGAAUGAAGGUUCUAUACUAGUUGUUUGUCCAGCAGUUUUGCGACUUCAGUGGGCAGAAGAAUUAGAGCAUUGGCUUCCCUUUUGUUUGCCUGCAGAUGUUCAUCUUGUUUUUGGUCAUGAAAAUAAUCCUGCCCAUUUAACAAGAUUCCCAAGAGUAGUUGUUAUAUCCUAUAAAAUGCUUCACCAUUUGCGGAAGAGCAUGACUGCACGAGAAUGGGCUCUCUUGAUCGUUGAUGAAUCUCACCAUAUACGUUGCUCCAAGAGAACAUCUGAACCAGAGGAGGUAAAAGCUGUACUUGAAGUGGCGGCUAAGGUUAAGCGUAUAGUCCUACUAUCUGGGACACCUUCUUUGUCAAGGCCCUAUGACAUUUUUCAUCAGAUAAAUAUGUUAUGGCCUGGUUUGCUAGGAAAGAACAAGUAUGAAUUUGCAAAAACUUACUGUGAUGUCAAAGUUGUCAAAGGUUAUCAUGGACGUUUCAUACAGGAUUUUUCUAGGGGUGUUCGCUUGGAGGAGUUGAAUGUCUUACUAAAGCAAACUGUUAUGAUAAGGCGUCUGAAGCAGCAUGUGCUGGUUCAGUUACCACCCAAACGUCGACAGAUAAUAAGAUUGUUUUUGAAGAGAUCAGACAUGCUUUUAGCAAAGGCUACUGUUGGAAUGUCCAAUGGUUGUGCUUAUGAAAAGGAUGCUGCAGAAGACAUGUCUCCUGAGGAUUUAGACGAACCUGAUGAUAAUUCGGCUUGUAGCAAAUCAGAGAAGCUAUCACACCAAGAACUUGGUGUUGCAAAGCUCUCUGGGUUUCGUGAAUGGCUUUCCCUUCACCCUCUCCUUGCAGAGUCAGAUGGUGCUGCAAACUCUGAUUUGAAUGUUAGUUCUAACAAAAUGAUAAUCUUUGCCCAUCACCAUAAAGUUCUUGAUGGAGUACAGGAGUUUUUAUGUGAGAAAGAGAUUGGUUUUGUCCGCAUUGAUGGGAACACCCUUCCCAGAGAUAGGCAGUCAGCUGUACUAUCAUUCCGAUCAUCAAAUGAGGUAAAAAUUGCAAUUAUUGGUAUAACUGCUGGAGGUGUUGGACUUGAUUUCUCAUCAGCGCAAAGUGUUGUGUUUCUGGAGAUGCCUUUAUCGCCAUCAUUGAUGCUUCAGGCUGAAGACAGAGCACACCGGCGAGGACAGACAAGUGCAGUCAACAUAUACAUCUUUUGUGCAAAGGACACAGUGGAUGAGUCACACUGGCAAAGAUUGAACAGAACUCUACGCCGUGUAUCAUCUACUACAAAUGGAAAAUAUGAUGCAGUGCAAGAGAUAGUGGUUGAAGGUGUUUCAGAUCUGAACAUAUCUGGUAAAACUGACACAGGAUGUGAAGAUCAAACUCUGGAUCAAGUGUCCUCUGGCAAGCUCUCUGAAGAGUUAAUGUGUUUGCCAGAGUCAAGUUUAACUCAGGACAUGCAAACUGCUAAAGAAAAUGAUGAAGUAACUACAAAUAUGAAUUGCAAAUCUGUUGAACUGAGUAAAAUUGAUGAUAUUUCAAAUGAAACAGAUGAUCUGCAUAUUGAGGCUGACAUGGGUCCAGAGCUAGAAAUAGGAAAGGAUUAUAUAUCAAGGGAAAAAGAAGCCACUCUUUCUGUUGGUGAAAUUGGAUCACCUGAAAAGGUUUCUUCGUCUGAGUUGGUUAAAGGCAAUAAAGAUAAGAAUCAAAUUGAAAAGGAAUUUAAAACCAACCCACAAAUAACAGAAGUAGAUGAUGUUGCAUUACUUCCUCCAACUGAAGCUGAUGAAUGUUGCUCUAAUGAAGUGAAUUCUUUGCGGUUUGAGGUGAGUCAAUAUACUGGAAGGAUUCACUUGUUUUUGUGCAUGCAAGGGGAAGAUUCAAGACCAAGGCCACUUUUUGAGAAUUUUCGGCAGGAGGAACUUGAUAACAAGGAAAGAAUUUCUGAAUCGUUAAAAGACAAUCCAGGUUAUAGACAUGCCAUUCUGGAAUUCAUUAGUGACUGGAAUAAACUACGGCCAAUAGAACAAACUAAAUUACUUGGAAAGCCUCUGCAACUUCCUUUAUCAGUGGAGUUGUGCUGUUUGAAGGAAACCAUUAAUCACAACACUGGGGGACUGCUAAAGGGUGGAAGCAAACGGCGAACUACACCUUCAGAUGAGAUUAGCCACCCUCUACCAUCAGAUGCUGUGUGGAAAAAAAUUCGUAUUUACAGUGGCUUUAGAAAGAAGGAGAGAGAGUUCACUCAGGGCUGGACUCUAAAUAAUGAACCACUCUGUAAACUCUGUCAAAAACCAUGCAAGGGUAACAAUGCCAAGACACCAGAAUAUUUUGAAGAUCUAUUUUGUAAUCUUGGGUGUUACGAAGAAUAUCGCUUAAGAACUAGUGGCAGAUUCCUCCGAGAGGAACUAUUUCAAAUAGAACAUGGUAUCUGCAUGAAUUGCCAAUUGGACUGCCAUAAACUUGUGAAGCACAUAAAACCUUUGUCAUUGGACCAGCGGCAAAAGUAUGUUGAGAAAGUAGCACCUAACGUGGCGCGCUGGAAGAAUUUGCUAGAAAAACUUGUCAACGAUCCAACUGAAGGCAACGCAUGGCAUGCAGACCACAUUAUUCCUGUCUAUAGAGGUGGAGGGGAGUGCAGGUUAGAGAAUAUGAGGACUCUUUGUGUAGCUUGCCAUUACAAUGUUACUAAAGCUCAGUGUGCUGAACGACGCUCAACGAGGGCAAAGGCAAGGAAACAACUCAAAGCGAUUAUGAGUGACAUCAGUAUUGAUGAAAACAAUGAUAUGACUGGUUCUUAUAUAAAGGUACUUUCUAAGACAAAGGGCAUUUGGAGAUGCAAGAAAACAUAGCUGAGGAUGAUCUUUUAGUCAAAGUUCCAGGAAGUUCCUACUCUGGAGGGAUAAGCAGUGUUCACUGAAAAAGAAGACUCCGAUGUCAUCCUUUAUACAGACAUGAUAUUUAUUGUAAGUACAGCUGCUCUGACAAAUACGAUGUCAUACAAUUGUACAGCCGCAAGCAGCAUACAAUUUGGAGUAUCAAAUUUUUGUGUAUUUUGUCGCCUGGUAUGGCUUGAUUCUUUGCUCUUUUGGAGGAUACAUCUUGUGGACUACUAGGUAUUAGAAAAUACAAGGACUGUUGACCAUGUAGACAAAUACAGUUAUCAACAUAUGAUUAUCUACAGAUACAACACCUUCUGUCA